GCGCUUCUUUUUGAUUAUAAUAAUAAUAAUGGUCCUCUGCCACCAUGACAAAUAUUCUACCACAUUCUGACACUGGUUAAAAUAAAAGCAUGGGAAGCUUGAGUGAUUCUGAUCCUGACUUCUGGGAUUUGGGAGAAGAUGGAGGUGGUAAGACAUCCCGGAAAAAGAGAGGUCGCCUGAAGAAAAGCAAAGGGUUUCCUGAAUUCCCUAUAAAUCUUCCUGACAAUGUAAACAAAGAAAAUAAUGACAUUCUUCCAAACAUAAAUGCUAAGGAAGAAGCGAAUGUCCCUGAAUAUAUGAAUAGGAAAGACCAGCAAAAAGAAGAAAAUGUAGAAUUUAUAGGAAAACAAAGCAUCAUCCACGAAAAUAAGAAUGAGCAUGACAAAGAGGGUAAUGAUAAUGAAAGGGAAAAUGAAGAACACACCAAUGAAGAAUCUGAAAAUGGAAAUGAAGCUGAAGAGAAUACGGAAGAGAAAGAGCGAGAGGAGGGAAGUGGGAGUAGUAGCGAGUCUAGUAGCAAACGUACCAGUCUCCUUAGUGGUUCAGACUUGCCCAAUGAUUCCCCCAAAAAUGCUGCCUCAACUGAUGAAUCACCAAAAAGUUCAAAAGGAUCAGCUAGUGAUUCAAAGUGGAUAGUUGAAGAGUACCUUCUUCCACCACAGCAGAAACUUAAAUUAGCCCUUUACCGAGGUAGAAAACUGUUAGCAAUAAAGGAGGCUGAUGGUGCAGUGCGAGAAUUCAUUCGUGCUCAAGCUCUUGCCAGAAUUGUUCAUGGGGAUCAGCACUGGAGAUUUUGCCGAUGCAAGGUGUUUCUAGCCCAAGCUUAUUUGUAUUUAAAGGAAUAUGCUCCCCAAGGAGAAGCACAAGCUAGAGAAGCUUUGGAUAUCAUCACUAGUCAUCUUUACGAUCUUGCACCUGCUAAGAAACCACAGGUUCACCAUACUUUAUUGUGGGGUUACCUUGUCAGUGGCGAGGCACGCAUUAAAUUAGAACAGUUUGCCGGGGCACAGGAAGCUCUCAGUCUUGCCCUUUAUCACACUCGUAUAUACUCAAGAAUGGUGUCUCGGCGGAAGAAAAAGUUGACUCCUUCUCUUACAAUGGACCGGGCACUUGAUCUGCAAGUGAAAGUGCUUUGUGCUCAGGCAACCCUUUACACUAAAAGGAGAAAAUACAUCAAGGCCCGGGAAAAGCUGGAAUUAAGCAUAAAAACAAUAGAAUCUGGUGGAACAGGAGUUGAUGACCCUGGACUAGUGGGUCCUUUACAGCAGCUUGGCCAGCUACUCCUUAACCACAGUCAGACUGAUCAAGACAGUGAGACCGGCCUUGAGUGUCUCACUCGAGCUGUUCACAUAACACAAGUAAGCAAUAGACCAGGAAGUGUAGCAGAGUGUGAAGCCCGAGGACUGUUGGUAGAACACCAGUUACGUUUACAGAGAAUAGACACUAAAGAAGCUUUACGGGAGCUCCACAAGCUUGGCCUUCUAUAUUCUCGCCUACAUGGCGAGCACAGUCCCAAGACUUUAGCAAUACAUAGCCUUACCGUUCAGGUUCUAGUACAAGAGGAAGCCUAUGAAGAAGCUAUCCAGCAGCUCAAGAUAAGACUGAAGCACUGCCGGGAUGCCUAUGGUGACUACAGCUCCCAGGUAUGUGGAGUAUUGCGUCAACUUUACCGCGUCCAUUCUCUUAAUGGUGACCCAAGUGCUGCAGCUUCUACCCUCGACCAGUGCCUUCAUGUUGAGACAUUAAUUUAUGGGUCUUCUUCAAGAAGAGCUCAGGCAUCUCAUCUCAGAUUACAGGAAAUGAUUCAAAAACUACCAUUGUCAAUGAGGAUGAAGAUGUAUAGAAAGCAUCCAGAAUUGCAGAACAAGCCACGAUUUAGAAAUAUGUAGUCACCCUUGUAGAUAUUAUUAUUUAUUAAUAUAAUAAUAACUAAGUGCUAAACCCACAAGGGUCAUACAGCACAGCUCUUGUAGAUAUGGAUUGAUUUCUGUGAUAAUUUAUUGGAGGCAUUGCUGCUUAAAAGUUUCCUGUAUAGAAUGAUUGAUAUUUGUAGUUUUUGAUGGUAGCUUUCUUAGCUGUUUAACAGUACUACUGAUCUUAAUAAUGUUGGUAGAAUUACCGACUAUGUUAGAUAAAAGGACAUAGGUGCAAUUAAUGUGACAUUGUAUUGUGGCAACAUUUUGUUCUCCAGGAGCUUUGUAACUGCUUGACAAUGGCUUCAUAAUGGCUUGACAAAGCUCCUGGAGAGUGAAACGUUCCCACAAUAAAUUGUCACAUUAGUUGUAUUUGUGUCCUCUUACCUAACAGUACUAUGAUCGCUGCUCAAUAAUACAAUUCAGUAGACUGUAUAAAUAAAGUUACUGUAUGACACUCAUUAUUAUACAGUUGUUUGAUUGAACCAAGGCUUUGAACAGAACUGGUAACUAUACUGUGAACUCAUGAACACAAUUCAACACAUCGGCUGUUUCCCACCAAGGCAGGGUGACCCGAAAAAGAAGAAACACUUUCAUCAUCAUUCACUCCAUCACUAUCUUGCCAGAAAUGUUCUUCUUGGUUUGUCGGUGCUGUCCUGGCCUGGGUCUUUAACAGAUGGUGGCCCGGCGGACAGAAGUGUGCCAACAUUAUGGUUCAAGAACUGGAACAUAUCUCCACCCCUCCUUGCAGCACUGUAUGACCCUUGUGGGUUUAGUGCUUAGUUAUGAUUGUAAUAAUAAUAAUAAUAAUCCACCACCUCUCCUUCAGAGUGCAGGCAAUGUACUUCCCACCUCCGGGACUCAAGUCUGGCUAACUGUGUCAUAUAUUCAUUAAUGUCACCAUUGUUCUCAGGAUUUAGCUGAUAAUGUUAAACAGUAUUUGGCUUGUGAAGGAUGCAGAGCUUUUUCAAAUCUGCUUUGUUUUAAAAAAUGAGAAAACAAUAACAUCUAGAGCAUUUAAAUGCAGUCUACGAGGCCUGGUCAUAGACUAGUGCGACAAUUUUAUGUGGAGCAAGUCGUGGUCAACUGUAUCAAAAGCUUUACGUAAGUCAAUGAAGAUCCCCAGUGGGACUUCUUUUUUCUCUAUUGCUGUAUAAAUAUGUUCUAGCAUGUGGAUAAUAGCAUCAUUAGUAUUUUUAUUAGGCCUAAACCCAAAUUGACAGGGGUUGAGUAUGUUGUGGGAGAUGAGGUAGGAAUAGAUACGCUUAUGGAUUAAUUUUUCAAAGAUUUUAGAGAGAGGGUGUAAGUUGGAUACUGGCCUAUAGUUAUUCAAGUCUGUGUGGUCUCCUCCUUUAUGGAUCGGGGUGACCCUUGCUAUUUUGAGAACUGUAGGAAAGGUAGAGGAUUCAAUGGAUUUGUUAAAGAGUGUUGCAAUGAUUGGUGAUAGCACCUGUGACACUUUUUUGUAUAUAAUGGGUGGUAAGGUAUUUAAAUCUCCUGUCUUGUGUUUUAGUUUGUUGAUAAUAAGGGAGACUUCAGUUGGGUUAGUCGGAGCUAGGAACAGUGUGUUCGGGUAGUUGCCAGUGAGGUAGUCAUCGGGUGGGGUAUCUGAGCUUGGGAUUUUAUUGGCAAGGUUUUUUCCUAUAGUGGAAGAAGAAAUCAUUGAGUCUGUUUGCUGUUUCAGUAGGUGGGAACUGGGGUUCAUCUGGUUUUGUUAAUUCAAUUUCGCUAUUUCGUGUUAUCUUUUUUGCUCCUAGUAUUUCUGAUAGGGUUUUCCAGGUAUUUUCUAUAUCACCUCGUAAGUUGGAUAAUCUGUUCUCAUAAUACAAUUUUUUAGCCCUUCUUAUUAGGCUGGUUAGGAUUGACGAGUAACGUUUCGUUUGGUCUCUGGUUAUGUGGCCCAUUCUGUACUGUUUUUCGUAUAGGUGCUUCGUAUUUAUAGAUUUGAGGAUACUGGGUGUUAGCCAGGGACUGUUCAGUCUCUUUGCAGUCAUCUGUUUAGUUUUUUAGGGCAGUGCUUGUUAUAGAGGUAUUGGGUCUUUUUUAGAAAAUUAUUAAUACAUUCGUCAAUAUCUGUAUAGAUUUCUAGCUCAGUGUGCCAGUCAAUGUUUGUCACUGCUGCUGUGAAGUUAUUGAUAGCUGCCUCAUUGUGAAGUCUGAAAGUGACUUUAGUAGUGUUUAGGGGUAAUUUGCCAAAGUUUGUUAUGAGGAAGGUAGGGUAAUGGUCUUUGGUAUUAUCUGUGAUUAUGCCUGAUCUUAAGGGGGAUAUGGUGUUGGUCCAGAUGUGGUCUAGUAGGGAAACACUAGUCUCUGUAACUCUUGUAGGUUUUGUUACUGUUGGUAGCAACAUGCAGUUACUCAUAGUGUUUGUGAAUUCAGUAACAUGUGGUCUUGGUCUUGUAGGAGAUUUAUAUUGAAGUCACCUGAGAGUAGUAAGUGAUCUUUGUUCAUGCGUGCAUCAGUUAUCAUACUUCCUAGGUUUUCACUAAAACGCUAAUGUUUGACUGUGGUACUCUGUAGAUGUUUAUCACUGUGAGAGGUUUUUGUAGGUAUUUGGAUUUGAAUUUAGCUAUUAUAUAUUCCCCAUGUUCAUCCCUUGUGCAAGUAUUAGUGAUACAUUCUAGUUGGUCUGAGUAGUAUAUAGCUGUGCCACCCCCUUGUUGAUCUGGCCUACAGUUGUGUAUGGCUGUGUAACCAGGAAUGGC